ACCACCUAACUCCACCUCUUGGGCAAGCUGUGGGCAAAAGAUCCAAGGAGCCUGGAAAAAUCCAGAAACCAUGGUAGGCAGCCAGCUCCUCUGGUGGCUAAUUCCCACCUAAAGCUUGAGUGGCAGACUCAUGUCACUCCCUCUCUGCAAACAACAGUGAGAGACAACUUUCCCUCCAGCCUCCCAUUUUCUUUCUGCUUCGCUCCACUCAUUGGUGCCUCCCAUUGCCCAGACUGGGGUACAGUCCCAAACGACCGGCAGCUCCUCGGCUUCUGACUACACCCGGUCCCUAGGAACAAAACAACAUUCUUUUUACGAAGGGGGAACAGGAGGCGAGACAACCAAAGGAGACAUCAGCAGGGUGACCAUCAGGGAGAGAGGUUAUGUGACAUCCAAGUAUGGAAAACUCAGUUUAGCUAGAUGGUGGUGGUGCAUGCCUUUGAUCCCAGAACUUGGUAGGCAGAGAUGGGCAGAUCUCUGUGCCUUUGAGGCCAGCCUGGUCUACAGAGCUAGUUUCAGGACAGGCAGGGCUACACAGUGAAACCCUGCCUUGAAAAACCAAAACAGAAAAAGAAGAAGAGGAAAAAGCAAACUCAGGCUGAACUGACGUGUGCCCUGCUAGGAACCACAUGUUUGGUGGUUCUCUUGGGAGGUUGUCACUGUGUCCUGGAGGCCGCUCACGCAUUCGUGUACACACUCACCCACUUGCAGAGUCGUUUGCUGGGAGGUCCAUGAGCACGCAGCAUUAGAAGAGAACAACAGUGUCCACACACGACACAAGACCUCAAUGAAUGGGCUGAGACUUGGAAGGGGUGGACAUUUUCCAGGCUAGGAAGGGAGGAUGUGUUUGGGUGAGUAGCCUGACAUGGUGGCCAAUGUGCAAUAAGCUGGAGGUAGACAGGGUACGAGAGAGAGGUUGGGAAGCUAAGCAGGAUGACAGGAAGCAGUGACAGGGAGGGACCCAGGCUGGACCCCAACUUAUGUGGAGGUUUUAGCAGGGGGCUACACUAGGAGCACCAUGAAGAUGUCUUAGAAGAGCCUCUGUGGCCAUGGAGUGUGUCCGGGGGUGGUUGUAAGUCUAGGGAAGAAUGGCAGCAGAGUGCCCUCUCGAAACACUAGGUCUGGAAAUGCUGCAAGAUGUAAACACGGUGACAGGGAAGGGACAUGUGACAAGAACCUGGACACCUACAAGAAGCCCUAAGCCUCCUUUCUGAUUUGGACCACUAGGGAGAACAUUCCACAGGACUCAAAACACACUGGCGCAGCAGCAGAUCUCACCUCCUGGCACAGGCAAGCUGAGAAGUGAAAGCAAUAGAGACGGACAUUAUCAGCUCUGUCCACAGGGGUCAGGGUUAGAGAAACAGAGCCCUGUGUCAAGGUCACACCCACAAGAAUGACAGAAAAGCACGCCACAAGGCCAUGGGAGACAGCCUCAAGUGUCCCCUACUGGUCAAACCUCAGAGGGCUCCAAUGGAAAAUAAACAGUGAAGAUUCUGCCUUCCAAACCACCAGCAAUGGAGUCCUUGAGUCUCCACUGUUACAAGUAACACAGUCAAAGUCCGUGUGGGGUCAGCACUCCCCACCUCCUAGAAUAGGGAAGGGCUGAGCAGAUCUGCAGAAGAUGUGCCUAGAGAACACAGGGCAGGGCCGCACAGUUUGUAAGAGAGGGUUGAGACCAGUUUCCACUCACCCUGUGGAGGCCACUGUGGGGUCACCCACAAAGAAAGACCUCCUCUAGCACCUGUCUCCUUGGAGAAUAGGGAACCCCACAGCAACUUCAUCGUAAAAGGAAAAGAGUAAAUCACAAAUCUAUGAUUGAGAAGGUGGUAAGCCACGUGUCAAUCAAGAGGUCAAGAUGACUACGGCCUUGGAUCAGGCAAGACUUUGCCAGUGCUAACAAGAAACCACUCUUGGCAGCUCUUGUCUGCAGAAACCUCUAAGCCUGGCUUUCUUCCCUUGUCCCAAGGCCCUUGCAUCCCAGUCUUGCACAAGACCUGGGUCAAACCCUCUCUUGGAAGACCUUCCUUUUUCCCCAUUUCUCUGUGAAUCCGGUUUAUGCUCCAUGCCACAUACAAAGGAACACAGUGUGCCUGCCAAGGUACUGACCAUAUGUCAGGAUGUCCAGACUCCCUGGAGUCCUGGGAGGGUCCCAGGGCCAUGCAUGUCCUCCUCAGUAGCAUGGCAGAACCUGUCCAGAAGACCUCUGUUUACCUGUUGCCUUGGAAAUGCUGGGAAGGGACAACACAUGCUUAAAGAAUAUGGGGCAGGGGUUGGGGAAUUAGCUCUGUGGUAGAGCGCUUGCCUACCAAGCGCAAAGCCCUGGGUUCAGUCCUCAGCUCCGGAAAAAAAAAAAGAGAAUGUGGGGCAGAAGAUCUCAGGGGUUCACUGGUAAGCAGAGGGCACAUGAGACAGGACAAGCAGGGAGCAGUUCCUUGUCCCCCACAAGCCAUCCCCAGAGAUAUCCUGAGGACAACAAAACACCUCAAAGAGCCAGAGAGCAAACUAAAGAUGUUACAUUUGAGGUGCUUGACCCAAGGUACAUAGUAGGAAGAAUAGGGCUGUUACCACCAAGAUGGAUGGGGGAUAGCCCCCUGGGGCUCCCAUCCUUAACACUGUGUUGUCCUCUAAGGGACACUGAACCUCAAAAUCUCCCUCAGUAUUCACUGCAUUUGGGAAGAAUCCCUGAGCCUCUGACCUCAAGGGGAUCGCGUUAGUCUACCAGUCCGCCAGUCCGCCAACAGGUCUUCACCACCAGUGUUCAUGACAAUAGCCAGGGCAGCGGGUUAGAGCCAACUGUUAAUCUGUGACAGCCGCAUCUGGGAGCUUUUUGUCAACGACAGGUGGUGACUUCUGAAACUGUGGCAGGGUGUUCCACCAGCACUGAGGAAACAUGCUCCGUUUCCCCUGCUCUCCACCAUCAUAUACUUCCUUUCCCCUGACUUAGAGAAGUAAGGAAACUCUGUUCUUGCAAAUCUCAUCCCCACUGUGAGCUUCCACCUUCCCCAUCAAACAGCAACUGUCCAGUAAUGACAUAAAGUAUGAAACCCCUCUCCCUCUGCUCCUAGGCAGUAAGUUCCUCCUCAGUCAACUACAUGGAUCUGGCCCUCCUCUUGCUCUAUAAGAGGAGAUAAAGAAUUCGGCAGGGAAGACAGGUAGAGGUAUUGGGCCAGGCUGAAGAUGAGUAAGGAAAGGCAGUCCUUCGGCCCUUCCUGCAGUCUCAACUUCAACCUAGCCCCACCUAGCUAUCGAGACCCUUCCUCAAAUCAAAUCAGCAAGCAAAUCAGUCACACGCACGCCCUUAAUCCACUCCUCAGGAACACAGAAGUAGGUGGAUCUCUGUGAGUUCCAGGACAGCCUGGUCUACAUAGCAAGCCAGGGUUCCAUAAUGAGCUCCUGUCCGAAACAGAAAGAAAGCUUCCUGUCCCGGCCGCCAUAGGAGAGCAGCAGCCAUGGCCCUGCACUACCCGAUGGCCGUGGGUCUCAGCAAAGGCCACAAUGUGACGAAGAACCUCAGCAAGCUGAGACACAGCCGGCGCCUCGGGCGCCUCACCAAGCACACCAAGUUCCUGCGGGACAUGACCCCGGAGGUAUGCGGCUUCGCGCCCUAUGAGCGGCGCGCAAUGGAGUUGCUCAAAGUGUCCGAGGGCAAGCGCGGACUCAAGUUCAUCAAGAACAGGGUGGGCACGCACAUUCGCGCCAAGAGAAAGCGGGAGGAGCUGGCAGCCAUGAGGAAGGAGGCGGCCAAGAAGGAUUAAUGACCUCCCCCAAUAAAAGAUCGUUCUUAAAAAGAGGGGGGGGGAGGUCAGUCAGUAACCUCAAACCUAAGGACCUUACUACGUGCUGUAAUCCCCUCCCAAACGCAUGAAGGGAAAGGACCCCACCGUGGUCACAACGUUUGUGCCCCCUCAAAUGCCUGGGUUAACUUCCUCAUGUUCAAAGUGGUGGUAUGAGGAGAAGCCCUGGGGCGGUGACUGGGUCAUGAGCUCAUAUACGAUACCCCAGAAAGGACUAGGCAGCCGACCUCAAGAGACAACACAACGCAGCAGAGAGGCCCAGUCUGGUCUUACGUCUAUAAGACUUGCCAAUGCCACAAUGGCAAAUUUUUCUUUUUAAGCUUAUUCGUAUUCUUUUAUAACUUUUUAUUUUGCGACUAUAUGUGUUUGCCCCCAUGUAUGUCCACAUGUGUGUCUGGUGCCCUUGGAGUCCAGUGGUAUUAUAUUCCUUGAGGUUGGUAUUAUAGACAGUCUGUGAGCUGCUAUGGAGGUGCUUGGAAUCAAACUCAGGUCCUCUGGAAGAGCAGCCAGUGCCAUCUAACUGCUGAGCCAUCUCUCCAGCCCUUUGGUAUUAAACUUACCAAACACAAGAUUGCGGUUCCCAGCCACCCUCCUAUGGCAUUCUGACCCGGAGACCCAGACAAAACAGGAUCCCUGCCCAAAUACAGUCUCGCCCUCCCCAGUGGGAAAAUAGCUAUCGGAAAAGGGUGGGGAACUGAAGCAGC